AUGGUUUUGGCUUUGAUUCAUUCACAAGACUCAAAGGAGUCAAAAUGUGAGACUGAAGGUUGUUAUGAAGUAAUCAAAACGUUUGUGAACUUUCUGGAAGAAAAGAUUAACGAAGCUGAUGCCAUUUUAGCUGAUGCUGAGAAGGAAUUGAGUAAAGUUGCGAUUGGAAAUGACAAAGAAUUAGCAGAAAAGCUGAGGGAGGUUGACGACAAGUUAGUGAAAUUGCUAAAAGAUUUGAACACUGGCAUUGACGGUGGCGAUAAGACUUUGAUAGAACUGAUAAACAACGCGUUUGAUAGUAUUGAUGAAAUUGAAAGUUUAGCCGACGAAACCGAAAAUGAAGUUGAAAAUUCAAAAGUUAAUAAAAAUGCGCUUGAGAAAAAUGAAGAAAAUGUUGAUGAGAUAAUUCGAGAGUUGCAAGAAGAAAUUAAUCGAAUGUUAAAUGCAACUGAAGUUGAUGGACCCGAAGCUCUUCAAAAUGCUUUUGAUAGAUCAGAAAAAUUUAGUUCCAAUGCAGGUCAAUUGAAAGAUGUUCUCGAGGAAUUGAAAUUAGCUCUUGAAAGUUAUGAAGAAAAUUUAAAAAAUGCAAAACAUUUAACAACGCAAGCAAUAGAGAAGUUUGAAAACGUUUCGGAUACAGCCGAGGAAGUAAUAACGGAGCAACAGGAACUUGACGAUAACUUAAAAGAAGUUGAUGACAUGAUGAAUUCCAACGACGAAUUAAGGAAUAUGAAAAAACUUGCCGCUGAAGCUUUAGAACAAGCGAACAAAGUUUUUGAAGAUUCUUUUGACUUGUUGACGGAGGUCAGUAUGUUUGAACUCGACGAUAAACUCGAGGAAAUCAAUUUAAAAGUUGAGAAGUUAAAGCAAUAUGCGGACAAUGCAGACGUUAAUUUGGAAAAGUUUUCGAACGAGAAUUCAUUCUUUCUCAACGACAUGGAAGCUUCUCUAGAAAUUGCCAUGGGAUUGGCUACAAAAGCUGAAAAUCUUAAAAAUGAAAUUGAAAAAGCUCUCGAAGAGAUUCUUAAAAUUCGUGAAGAUGCACUUGAAGCAAUCGCCCAAAAAGACGCAAUCAUUGAAGCAGCCAGAAAUAUUUAUAAUAGUUUAAAUGACUUCACUUUGAAGGUCGAAAAAUCAAAGGAGAGUGCAAGGGUGGCGUUGGAAAAGAUUCCAGAAAUUGUGAAAAAUGUCGAGGAAAGUGAAAAAAUAAUUAAAAAUUUGGAAAAUAAGUUGGAUAAUCACACAAAUAUCGCUGUAAAUGCCAAGGAAAAAUGUUCAACAGCAAAACUUCAAAUGGAUGAGAUUCUUGAAGAAAGUGAUGAUAUUAAAACUAAGAUUAAAGAACUUGAGAAAGAGUUUGAAGAUAUGCCGGAAGUUCUUAGAGAUGCUGAUAAGGAAACAAUUCGACUUUCAGAUGAAGCUGAUAAACUUGAAGAAAUUGAAAAUGAUGAUAAUAAAUUGAUAAAGGAAACUCAGGAAAAAGUGGAAAGAAUGAAAGUUCAAGCACAAACGACAGAUGAUGUUGUGGAUGCAGCUCUUAAGGAUAUUGAAGGUCUUAUGGCUGAUAUAGAAAAACUUAAAAACUUCGACACAAAAAGUUUAGACAAUUUUGAUGAAAAAUUAAAAGAAGCAGAAAAAGAAUUAGAAGGAAGCCACCUAAAUCAUAAUCUCAACGCUCUAAGAAUGAAACGUCACGAACAGAACGAAUUAAUUGAGCAAUAUAAGUUGGAAGUUUCGUAUUUGGAGUACCAGCUCUCCGUCAUUAAAAGAAAUGCUGAAUCAUUAGAGAAACGCUGCUUUAAACGAACACGUCUUGAACCUUAGCACCACUGUUGAUAUAUUUGAGAGAAGUUAAAAUAUAUUUUCAUGAUAUUUUUUAUAGCAGACAUAAAACUGCUAGAAAAUUCAAAUUUCAAAUUUCCGUUAAAUAUUUUUAUUUGAUGCUGUCAAUUUUAGCAACCCGUACAAAUUAAAGAUUUUUGCUUUAUUUUAUGAGCAAGGUUACAAAAAUAAAUCAAAAUCAG